AUGGCAUGCCAAUUCCUAUUGAACCUGGUGGAGCUAACUUUGGUGGCAGUUGGCACCCUGGUGACUUUGAGCCCGUUUGCUGUGGGAGGCCUGGUAUUCAUGGCGCUCGGUGGAUGGGGCACUUACAUUGUACACGCUGCUGUGUUAGAUUUCCGCACCUUCGCUUACGACGAGUCAUGUGAUUUGCGUUCCGGUGAUGCUUUCGAUGUCACUGCUCCUUCAAUUGUGCACUAUGACGGAGGCUUCUGGGAAACCUUAACCGGUCUGACAGGGUGCCUUAUGCUCUCACAGGUCGCAGCGUUGGGCUUUAGCAUUGCCCUUGCGCCCAAGUUUCCAAUCCCGAAUCGCUCGGUGUGGGAGAAUGGCGAGGCUCAAAACCUCGGAAUUGAGGGCCUCACUUUGCGAGAUUGGGAUGCAUGCAGAGAGGCAAUUGUUCGUGCUGUUGACUUGUUUCGGCCGGGCGCGCUUCUUCAACCAACUGCAUUGGACAAGUACAUCUAUGAUGAUGUCGACCAGUGCGGCGAGUGCAGCCACACACAGUGCAAGGAAGCAUGGAAGUCACAAACAGGUCAAAACCUUGACGAGCAGUCUGUGCAGUCAAUGCACAAAGUGUUCGCAUACAUGAGGUUGGCGGUGAGAGCACGUCAGAAGCUAGUUUUGAACGUGCAGCUGGCACAUGCCCUUUUCAUGUUGCAGCUUUUCAGCACAAGUGUCCAAUCACUGCAGCAUGCCUACCGCAGCAACCGGCUGUUUUGGUUUCAGGUGGACACAUACAGUUUCUCCGAUGCUGUCUUGCUUGCAGCCUAUCCGACUCGGCUUUUCACAACCAUUGUGAUGUACUCCCGGGUUGUUAUUUCGAUGUCAGCAGUCAACAACUUCUUUCGAGAAGUCUCAGUCAUGGCCGGGGGUUUCACCGGGUUCGCUGCACAGGGAAUUGUCAUAUUCUAUCUUGCCAUGACGCCACCUGAUUUUGUGGCAGUUCUACUCUUCUGCUUGUGCCACUCUUCAUUUGACAACAUAUACAGAAUAUGCUGCAAGCCCAAAAGGCCGUGGAAGGGCGUGUGCUUCGUCAUAGUCUCGAUAAGCACGCUGUGGCUGAUACCUCUACUAGUGCAUUCGUUGUCGAGGUGGGUGUUCGCUUCGUCCACAAGGGCACACACUGCUAACCUGCGCCUCUGUGAUAUGGAGCGAGUUCUGCUUUGGGACGUGCAAGGGUAUGACAUGUCUGACCUCACACUUCACGUUUUCUCAUCAUUGGAUCAGAACAUGGCUGGCCUGCUAGUUGUCAUUGCAACUGCAGUUGUUGCAGCGUCUAUUGCCGGAGCCGUUCGAAAAUGUCGUGGCCAUGGCGGGGGAGGAUGGACAGCGACUCUGGGUAUCUGUCCAGGGACGCUGUUGAAAGUGUGGGCUUUGCAACCUGAGUACUAUGCUACCGGUUUCCACUUCAACGACAAGGCCGAGGCAGUGGCAUCCAUCCUGGGGACAACUUGGUGGUGGCACACUGUUGGCUUGUUUAGUGCCAAGUAUGAGAAGCAAUAUCAACAUGCGGAGAAAACCUUUUAUGCACGCCGCCGCUUGCUGAAUCGAGUUGGCAGGCGAUAUGUCUUCUCAAAGGACAUCAAGAUCUAUGGCAAACGAAACAAUGUUUCCAUCCGCUCGUGCAGGGAAGCAGCACUAACAGCUGGGAGCUUGCCUUGCCCCACCUGCCAAGGCGAACUAGAAAGUGAGCGCUUGCCAGAUACAUCACUGCUUGCACAGCGCACUCCAUGCAGUCUCUGCACAUCGCCCCUGCUUCUUCCUGAGCACAUGAUCCCAGAGCCCAUGGUCUGGCUGUGCACUAGUGAUGGAUGCAUGCUUCGGCUUUGCCACAUGUGCAUGCACCAAAUUACGAGUGGGGACAUGAUGUGGACGUUUACGGAACUUAAACGCAUAGAAGCCUUACCAGAUUCAACCAGCCUCCCCAGCCUUCCUGAGAGCAUUGUCCAGGGUGCGCAAUCGCCGGAGGCGGAUCCUGAAGGGGUUGCCUAUGGUUCUUUUGAAGACCUUCAGAACUUGGCAAAUCCAAAAAACAGUUCGAAACCUGAAACUGCCAAUACAUCUCCGAAGAAACCCAGGGCCGCCAAAAGAAUCGUGAAGCGAAAGCGGCAGCGGCGUCCGCAAGGUGAGAUCGAAGUCGAGGUUUCACAAGUCUCACCCCGAACAAGCGCACGCGUUGGUGUCUUGUGA